AUGACAAACAAAAACAACCAGAAUGAUAGUAGUGGGUCUACGGAUUCUACGUACACCGUCUUGGAACAACCACUCGGCUCCAUCUCUCCUGUGAAAAUCAUUACUAUAGGAGCUGGAGCGAGUGGAUUGAACAUGAUACGAACACUUCAGAAGAAUUUCCCUCUCUCUGAAAAUGUCGUUUACGAAAAAAACGCUGAUAUCGGAGGGACAUGGUUUGAGAAUCGAUAUCCAGGCUGCCAGUGUGAUAUUCCAUCGCACAAUUAUCAGUUUUCUUGGGCAACCAAUCCCAGCUGGAGCAAAUUUUACUCCCCUGCACCCGAAAUACAUCAAUACCUUAAACAUGUGGCAAUCAAAGAAGGACUUUAUGAUUCAGUCAGACUUAAUCAUCAAGUUGAACAUGCGGAAUGGAACGAAGAAGAGGGUAUGUGGCAUGUUCGGGUCAGAGAUCUCGGGACCGAUACUACAAAGCUCGAUUCUGCCCAUUUUCUUCUAGAUGGCUCGGGUAUUCUCAACAAUUGGAAAUGGCCAGAUAUCCCGGGUUUAGACAAUUUUCAAGGUGAAUUGGUUCAUAGUGCGAACUGGGAUGAAAGUUUUGUCUACAAGGACAAAAGAGUCGCAGUUAUAGGCAAUGGCUCCUCUGGCGUCCAGAUUGUUCCUGCGAUGCAGCCAGAUGUCAAAACCCUCGUUCACUUCUUUCGCUCUCCCACGUGGAUAGCGCCGGGGAGUAUGGAAAGAAUGACCACAAGUACAGCUGGUCAAGUUGUUUCCCAGUUGGAACUAGAUGGCGAAUUCUUCUCAUCUGCUCAGAUCGAAAAGUUCAAAAACGAUAAAGAACUAUACAAGCAAUUUGUUAAAGCUACAGAGGAGGUGGUAAAUAAUAAAUUCGACUACCUGGUGAAUUCAAACGCAACCGCCCCUAUCAUAAAAGAAGCAAUGACCAAAUAUAUGCAAGGGGCUCUGAAGGGCAACGGGAAGCUGAUAGAAAAGUUGGUGCCCGACUUCCCAUUUGGAUGUCGCCGAAUCACUCCAAGCCCGGCUUAUUUGGAAGCAUUUCAUAAGACCAACGUACAGGUUGUGACGGAUGGAAUCAAAUCUAUAUAUGAAAAGGGUCUCAUCACAACUGAGGACGAGACUAUUGAAGUCGACGCAAUUGUCUGCGCCACUGGAUUUGACGUUUCGUUCUGCCCAAGGUUCCCAAUAAUCGGCAGAAAGGGAAAUCUGCAAGAUAUCUGGACUCAGGAACUGCCAUCAUCUUAUAUGUCUAUGGCAGUUCCUGGCAUGCCGAACUAUUUCACUUUCCUUGGGCCAAACGCUCCCAUCGGACACGGCAGUGUGUUGACUAUCACUGAGCUUGCAUCCAAGUAUAUUACUAGAAUCAUUCAGAAAUGCCAGGAGGAGUGCAUCAAAUCAAUCGUUCCCAAGCAGCAAGCGGUGGAUGAACUUUCUGUCCAUAUCGCAGCUUUCAUGCCGCGAACAGCUUGGUCUGGAAGCUGUCGUUCCUGGUUCAAAAACGGGGAGCAGGAUGGCCCAGUGACUGCAUUACACCCCGGAAGUCGUAUCCAUUGGUUUCAUAUGCUGCAGAGAUUCCGUGGCGAAGAUUUCGACUACACGCAUUGGACCAAUAAUAGAUUUAGCUAUUUGGGCAAUGGCUUCUCUUCGUGGGAAGACCCUGAGAAGAAUUCUACUUGGUAUUUGGAUGAACCAGAUAAGAUGAUAUGA